CCUGUUGUAAAAGCCAUUGCAACUCUUAAAUCAGGUUUCCCUUUAAUGAACUCUAUAUACUAUCGUCGUUAAAGUGCAUUAAGCGAUCUGAGAUUUCAGAGUAUUUGAUAAUGUGUUAUCUUAAUAAUACUCUAAAGAGAACUUGGGGGUAGGAAAUUAUCCACACUGCUUUAGAAUGUCAACUAUGCAGCAAUAAAUAUAAUGUCAUUUCAACGACAUCAUUGUAAACAAAUACCUACGUGUCGUUUUUGUGUAUUCAUUCGUCGUCUUUAAUAAAGGCUUUUUAUGAACACGAGUUCAAAUCUCUGUUUGUUAAAUCGAGCUCUAAUGAUAGUUCAAGUAAUCGGAGGUGAAAGUCAGUAACUGACCUCAGCAUACGCACAACCUAUUUUCAUAUUGAUUCUUCAAUACAAAUCAGGAGAUAUAUAUGUAGCGUGACAGAAAUACAGAAUUUUAAAAUUCACUCUACUCGAGGGGUCAAGGCAGAGGUUGCAAAAAGUGGGCAGUGAACAGCAGUGGUCACGGACAUUAGUGAAGUCAUGAAUUAUUUUAAUCGCGUACGGGAGAACAUUCGUCGAAAAGUUUCUGUGUUUUCGGGAUCACAAUGGGUCAUAAUUUUAGUAUUUUGUUUUGCAUACUUAUUUGCGGCAUGCGUUAACUCGUUACAAGCCCCGUUUUAUCCGGCUGAGGCUGAAAGGAAAGGGGCUUCAGCCACAGAAUACGGUCUUGUAUUUGGAAUUUUUCAACUAAUUGUGUUUAUUGCUUCUCCGAUAUUUGGGAAAUAUAUGCACUUCCUUGGAGCAAAGUUGGUUCUAGAGCUUGGAUUAUUUACGAUAGGAGCAAGUUGCUUUGCUUUUGGAUUUCUUGCCAGAGUUAAUGAUCACACAGCAUUUAUUACGUUAUCAUUCGCCAUACGGGUGUUUGAAGCGAUCGGUGCUUCAGCAUUUUGCACUGCUUCGUUUACUAUCAUUGCGGGAGAGUUUGCUGGUUCGGUUGCGACCACUUUUGCAUCCUUAGAGACGUUUUAUGGCUUGGGACUUAUCAUUGGGCCAACUUUAGGAGGUAUUCUUUUUGAGUUGGGAGGAUUUUUGUUACCAUUUGUUGUCACUGGGUUAUGUCUGAUUGUCGUGGCCUUGAUAACGCCAUGCCUUGUACCCGGUGGAGGCUCAAUGGAUAAAGCAGAUUCGAACGACCAAGAAGGCUUCAGUAUAAUAACGUUAUUGAGAAUUCCUGCCGCGACCUUAGCCGCUUUGACAAUUUGGAUGAGUUCAUGCUCAAUCGGAUUCUUAAGUGCGACGUUAGAGCCGCAUUUGAGACAGUUUCACUUGUCAGAGAUGCAAGUUGGCCUUGUGUUUAUGACCACAGGUAUUUCGUAUUCUUUGUCUGCACCCAUUUGGGGAAAGUUAAUGGAUAAAAAGUGGCACCCAAAGUAUGUUUCUUUAUUCGGAUGUGGACUUCUUAUCGUGGCUCAUCUCAUUAUUGGUCCUGCCAUCUUUAUACCAAUUGAACCUCAACUCGGCAUUACCUGUGUUGGUCUUAUAAUUCAUGGCAUUGGUGUGGGUGCAAUCCAAGUUUCCGGUUUUGUCCUAGCCCUUAGAGAAUCGAUAGCUAAUGGAUUCCCCGAUAGUUUGAAGACAUACAGUGUUGUUUCCGGGUUGUGGGCAUCCUUUCUUUCGUUAGGAAUGUUCGUAGGACCAUCGCUCGGGGGUUGGUUGCUGGAUCAAAGCAGUUUUAGGAUGUCAUCCUUGUUUCCACUUGUUACAGCUAUAAUUGUGUCUGUUCUCGUAAUUCCUAUCGUUUACAUUCACAAUCGUCAGACAAGACGGAGGUUCGGCUGGGAGAGUAACGGAAAUAUAACCAACGCAUCAGAGUCUUCGACUCUACUUCAUCAGGGGCCAAACAAUAGUCGAAAAGGUUCGCAGGAAUUUUAUGGAUCGUUCCGGCCAAUGGCGUAAAUUAAUUGGAGUGGAAAGCAAGGCAAACAUAAUGCAUGGAGUCAUAAUUAACUUAAAACUUGUAGUCACAUUAACCUCCGUGUCUAUACCGUAUACCGUACAUAUCUCGUAUUCAGAGAAAUUUAUAACCAAAAUAAAAUACAUUCACAAAUAAGUGAAUGCAAAUGAACAAAGAA